AUGCCACUCCUCUCUCCCCUUUCGCAAUGCUUCUCUUCCCUCGUCCGGCUGAACCAAAAAUGGGGGAGCCACAGGGGUUUGAGGCAAAAUGAGGGCAAUGAGAGACCUCUGUCAAGGCGUUUGUUGGACGUCUUCUUGCGGACAUGGGAUCUAGGCUUUACAGCCUUCGGAGGGCCACCAGUGCACUUCCAGGUUAUACAUGGCAGGUUCGUGGAGGGACAGGGCGGCAAGGAAAAAUGGGUAGAUGAGCAGACUUAUCAGGAGCUCUUUGCUAUUUGUCAGGGCCUUCCAGGUCCCGCGAGUACGAAGAUGAUUUUCUGUCUAACCUUAUUACAUGCAGGAUUUAUUCCUGCCAUGCUUGUGUUUUUCAUUUGGAGUCUUCCUGGCGCAAUUGGCAUGUAUGCCCUCUCACUUGGUGUGCAAAACAUGGGCGAAACCCUUCCUAAACCCGUCUACGCCCUACUCUCCGGCCUCAAUGCCUCCACAGUAGGUAUUAUUGCACUUGCGGCCGUACAGUUGGCCGAAAAAGCUAUUCGCGAUAAGCUGUCCCGGAUUCUUGUGAUCUUUGGCGCAUGUGCUGGUCUCUGCUACAGUGCACUCUGGUAUUUUCCCGUGCUGAUGAUUAUCGGUGGUUUCCUCACGAGCAUCUGGGAUGGAUGGUUAUAUCAAAAAUUCUCGAGAGCUAGGAUAGCUUGGAAGAACAGACAUAACCGUUCACAGGACCUGGAUGUGACAAAUGGGGACCCUACAGGCAUGGACUGUAUAAACCUGGAAGAGAAUACAGUGCAAAGAAAUGAGACGACACGAUCGAGAAGGACGGAUCCCAGACUCGAAGGGCUACCACAGAGUACCGUCAAUACUACACGGCCAACGCAGUCCACUGAAGAUCCUUCACAACAUCACAUCAUUCGUAUUCGGGUCGGAGUUUUGGUCAUGGGUCUCUUUUUUGUUUCCUUCAUUGGGGUUCUUGUUGCAAGAAGCCAGCUCACCACACCUCCACUGGUCCUCGACCUCUUUGCCAACAUGUACCUUGCUGGUACUGUCAUCUUUGGUGGAGGUCCCGUCGUCAUUCCCCUUUUACGUGCCUACGUUGUUGAUCCCGGGUGGGUCUCUAGUAGAGACUUCUUGAUCGGCCUUGCCAUUAUCCAAGCUUUUCCCGGUCCUAACUUCAACUUCGCUGUCUUCUUGGGGGCGCUAGCACUGCAGCGCUCACGCUUCCCGACCAUCUUUGGUGCAUUUCUUGGCGGUUUGGGAAUCUUCUUUCCGGGAAUCACGCUGGCCGUUGCAAUCCAAAGCUUCUGGCGUGUGUUACGGAAGAAGAAGUAUGUGAUCGACUUCCUUAGAGGAGUGAAUGCUACUGCAGUUGGGCUAGUAUUUACAGCUGUAUACCGGUUGUGGGAGAUUGGAUAUCUGACUCCUGAAAGAAGUGACGGACAGAGUCUGGCUAAGGAACCAUGGUGGGUGGUUGUUGCGGCCGUGACAUAUGCAGGGAGUGCAUGGUUCAAUGUGCCCCCACCCAUGGCGAUUGUAAUGGGUGCUAUUUUAGGCUUGUGUUGGUUUGGAGCUGUGGGGCGAUAG